UGGCUCUGGAGAAGGCUUCGUGGCAAGAAGCGGCCGGUGAUGGCAUUCUGCCUUGUGAUGCUUCUGUCUGCGGUGGCUGUCACUCACCUUCCUCCAGAGCACCCAGCUUCCACUCCAGGACUCGGUCCCAUGGAACCUGACUCCAGCAUUUGGCAGACUUUGAACUCUAGCCAGAGGCAGCGGGCAAGAAACCUGAGCCUCCGGAAGGGCCGGGCUUUGCCCAGAAAUUCCAGCUCGGUCUGUACUGAGAAACGAAGCCACAGAAGGCGCGUGGACAGAAGCAGACACCCACUGGGGGUCAGAAGAGACAUUACUGUGACAGGAGGUCCGACGCUCAGUGCCCAGCAUCAUGGGCUUUUAGUGGAGGAUGAGGUCAGAGAUGCAGGAGGCACAGCCCUGGACCAACCUGGGCAUGAUGUUCCUGUCCAGGAGACACAGAGUAAGACAGACACCCUGGUUAGCCUGCUGACAGGGGGCAGCCUGGCAACUUCCCAGGCACGGAGAGGUACUGCUGCAGUGAGCUUUAGGCCCCAUCCAGCAGAGGGUGGGAGUUCCCUGUCAGGAGCCAAGGACAGAGUCUUGACUGGUGGGAAGCCUGGGGGUGCCACCUCAGGUUCUAGAACUCAUUGGUGGCCUGGCUCAAUUGGAGAACUCCAAAGGUCCCCAUGGUGCCAUCCCGAGCCCCCUGGAUUAUUGGCCAAUGCUGUGACUGGGGGGCAGGUUCCACCAUGGUUCACAGAACAUGAUGUACAGAUUCUCGGGCUACUGGCCCAUGGGGAGGUGGUGGGCAAAGCCAGGGUCCCUGCCCAUGGGCAGGUGCUGCAGGUCGGCCUAUCUGCUGGGGGUGCCCUCCAGGACAUGUCUCCUCUCAGACUCAACCAGCUCUGCUCCCAGGGCCUCUGUGGUCUGAUCAAGAGGCCCAGGGACCUGCAGGAAGUCCUAUCCUUCCAUGUGGACCGUGUCCUGGGACUCCAACGGAGCCUGCCUGCUGCAGCCCGUACCUUCCACAGCUCCCUUCUGCCCUACCGUUACACCGAUGGCAGUCUGAGGCCCAUCAUCUGGUGGGCACCUGAUGUGCAGCACUUAGGAGACCCAGAUGAGGACCAGAACUCUCUGUCCUUGGGCUGGUUGCAGUACCAGGCCCUGCUGGCUCGAGGUUGCAGCUGGCCAGGCCAGGUCCCGUGCCUGGGCAUCCACCAUGUUGAGUGGGCACGUUUGGCCCUCUUUGACUUCCUGUUGCAGGUCCAUGAUCGCCUGGAUCGCUACUGCUGUGGCUUUGAGCCUGAACCCUCAGACCCUUGUGUGGAAGAGGGGCUCCGAGAGAAGUGUGGGAACCCGGAAGAGUUGCGGCUGGUCCACAUCCUGGUCCGGAGCAGUGAUCCAUCUCACUUGGUGUACAUAGACAAUGCUGGCAACCUUCAGCAUCCCGAUGACAAGCUGAACUUUCGGCUGCUGGAAGGCAUAGCUGGGUUUCCUGAGUCUGUUGUGAAGGUUCUCGCAUCAGGGUGUCUACAGAGCCUGCUGAUCAAGUCGCUGCAGAUGGACCAGGUGUUCUGGAAGAGCCAAGGUGGAGCCAGAGGUCUGAAGCAUGUCCUGGAGACACUGGAGAGGAGAGGGCAGGUCCUGCUGAGGCACAUAGAGAAGCACAACCUCACGCUGUUCGGGGACAAUGACCUGUGA